GGUAUGUUGGUGGCAUUCCGGACAUGCAGAUUUAGCUUUAUGAUCAUUUGACAAUUGAGGUUAUGUUUCUUUGAAGUCAAUAACCGUGGCUCAUAUACACGUGAUAUUUGAAAUUGUGAAUUAAUUAUAAGUUGCUAGGAAAAACCAAUAAAAUGGCUAAAACGAAAUCUACACCUGGAGCGCCCAGGAAGCAAGGGUUCAAUAGGUCUGGACAUUCUAUGAACCCUGAAAGAAGUACUGAAGGCUUAAAAGGUGUAGCAAAACCGAGAACUAGAGCCACCAUAAAUAGAUUGCAAAUGUAUAGAAAUUUUAAAGCUAAGCGAGACAAGACUGGCAAAAUUCUUACCCCUGCACCGUUUCAAGGUCGUUUGUCAUCUGGAACAGUUUCUCGUGUAGAGCCUAGCCAAAAAUGGUUUGGUAAUUCUCGAGUAAUAUCACAAAAUGCUCUGCAAAAGUUCCAGGAAGAACUUGGUGCUGCUAUGAAAAAUCCCUAUGAUGUUGUUAUGAAGCCUACAACAUUACCAGUAACAUUGCUAAAUGAAGCUGCAAAAUAUUCAAGAGUUCAUUUAUUAAAUACUGAAAGUUUUGAGAGUGUAUUUGGCAAAAAGAAAAAACGAAAGAGGCCAAAUUUAAAAGUUUCUGAUGUUGUAUCAUUAAGCCAAACCGUGCAAGAUUCUACUGAGAAAUAUGACGAUCAGAAAGAUCAUGAUAGAGUUAAAGAAGAUGAUGGUGUUAAAGAUACUGUGCGUGAUUGGGUUUUUGGUGCCGGCCAGAGUAAACGAAUUUGGAAUGAACUUUAUAAAGUUAUUGAUUCCUCUGAUGUUUUGCUUCAAGUGUUAGAUGCACGUGACCCAAUGGGUACCAGAUCUCCACAUAUUGAAAAGUUUUUGAAAACUGAUAAAGCACACAAACAUUUGAUAUUUAUAUUGAACAAAGUGGAUUUAGUACCAACUUGGGUUACGCAAAGAUGGGUGGCAAUUUUAAGUGCAGAAUAUCCAACGGUUGCUUUUCAUGCUUCACUCACUCAUCCAUUUGGUAAAGGAUCACUCAUAAAUCUGCUUAGGCAAUUUGGAAAACUUCACAUAGACAAAAAACAAAUCAGUGUUGGCUUUAUUGGCUAUCCAAAUGUAGGCAAAUCAUCAGUUAUUAAUACUUUGCGCUCAAAAAAAGUAUGCAAAGUGGCUCCAAUAGCUGGAGAGACAAAAGUUUGGCAAUAUAUUACAUUAAUGAGACGUAUCUAUUUAAUUGAUUGCCCUGGAGUUGUAUAUCCUUCAGCUGAAACUGAUGCUGAAAAGGUUUUGAAAGGAGUUGUUAGAGUAGAACUAGUCCAAAAUCCUGAAGAUUAUGUGAGCUUUGUUUUAGAAAGGGUUAGACCUGAAUACAUGCAAAAAACUUACAAGGUGGAUCAUUGGGAUUCUACAAUAGAUUUUUUGGAAAAGUUAGCUGCACGUACUGGAAAAUUAUUAAAAGGUGGUGAACCAGAUACUGUUAUUACUGCAAGAAUGGUGUUGAAUGAUUGGCAAAGAGGAAAACUUCCAUUUUAUGUAGUUCCACCUGGAUAUGAAAGUAAAAAUCUCAGUGAAAAUGGCAAUGAGAUAAAAGAGGACAAAACAGAAAUAUCUGUAAAAGAAACUGAUACUCCAGAAAAGGCAUGUGAAGUUGAAAGUAAAGAAGAUGAUAAAUCUGAAAAUAAACUAACAGUUGUUCAAGAUUUUCGUAAAAUUCGUGUAGGGUUAGAAUUUGGGGAAGAAGAUGAUAUUAAGGAACUAGAACCAAUACAUGGAUUGGAUGAUUCAAAGAAGAAAAAUAAGCAAAAAGUUAAAAAAAUUCAGGAAGAAGAAGAUUCAUCUGAUUUUAGCGAUUUCUACUCACAUUCUGAGGGAGAAUAUGAUGAAGCAAUAUUUGAAUCACCAUCUAAAGCAAAGAAAUCUAAGAUUCAAAGUGGCAGUGGUGUUUUUGAAGUAGAAGUUGUUAGUAAUCCCACAAAGAAAACAAAUCAAGCUGAACCACCGGUUAAAAAAUUAACUAGCAGGCAAAGAAGAGCAUUGGAAAGAGCACAGAUGCGGAGAAAAACUGGUAGUACUUUUUAUAAAGAAACGAAUGUUAAGAAUAGGAAUAGAAAUAAAAGAAAACCUAUUUAA